AAAUUGAUGAUUUUUCAAAUUGGUUAAAAUGAUGGUCGAAAAUUUUGGUGUAAAAAUAACAUCCCAAACUUUGACGUUGAGGAAGUAUAAAAUGUGAAGAUUGCUAAUUUCUAUAAGAUUGGGAAAACUUUUGGGUAAAAAUGCUUGCGCUAGUAUUUCCUAAUUAAACAAUACCUAUUCUAUUCGGAUGUGGGGAAUUUCAAAAACAUAAAGGGCUACGUUAGAUUGGAUGGUGUUUAUUUAUAAUUCCAAACAGUGAAUUAGGAAUACUAAAUUUAUCUGAGGAAUAAUGGAUUUUAAAUAAUCUUGUGCACAGAUAUUGCUGAGCAAUUCAAGGAAUGGUCAUAAAUGUUGUCCUUGAAGUGCAUCUUGACAACUUUUGAAAAGGAUUAUAAGAUUGGUGCUCUAAUUGGAAAUGGAAGUUUCUCUACAGUAUAAAUAGUUUUAAAUUAGGUUUACGAAUGCUGGAACCAUGAAGGAGAAUUGUUUGCUGUGAAGGCCAUUACCAAAUAAUCAUCAAAACAGUUAAAACUAAACAAGUAAUAUGAGCUAUAGUUAUUGAGUGAGAUCAAUGCUUUAAGAGAAUUUAAUCAUGAGAACAUUUUAAAAUUACAUUAAGUUUAUGAAAAUGCCGAAAAGUUGUAUUUAGUUACAGAAUAUGUAAAUGGAUAUGAACUGAUUUCAAAAGCAACUAGCAAAAUUCCUUAUUCAUCAAAUGACUUAUAAAGUUUUGUAUAUCAAAUGUUGUUGGCAAUUCACACAAUACAUUCCCAAAAGAUUAUGCACAGAGAUAUCAAACCUCAAAAUAUAAUGCUUAGAAAUGGAUAGCUACACUCUCCAAUUCUAAUUGAUUUUGGAUUGGCUGUGAGUACCUAAUUCAAAGACAUUCCAUUCCCUUCUUGUGGUUCUUUGGGGUACACAUUUAUAUCUAAUCAAAGUUAUUCAGCUCCAGAAAUUAUAAGAUUCGAGGAAACCAAAAAAUAAUAUAAUGCUUAAUGUGAUAUUUUUAGUUUUGGAGUCACCUUGUUUGCCAUGUACAAUCAUUUAAAUAUCUUUAGAGUAUUCGGGUACAACCCAUUCAAAGGAAAUGAUCAAAAGACAACAGUGAAAAGGAAUGCUGAUGCUUACUUUGAGAUCCCGAGUUCUCCUUAUCCUGCAGAAUGUAUUCAAUCCUAUCAUUCUAUUAAUAGUAGGUAAUCUUAUUUUGUUGAUGACUAAAAAGUAUCCGAAGGAUCGAAUCACUGCCUAGUAAGCACUUAACCAUCCUUUUUUUCAAGCCAAAUUUUAUUUGACAAUCAAUUUGCCAAUGUCUAUUAUGACUAAACAAUAGUACGAGUUGAGUAAAAGUGAUAAGAAUGUCAAUGUACAUGCUAGUUUAGAAGUAGAUUGGCAAUUUGGAUUAAAUAGUUAAUUGUUGAAUUCUUCAUGCUCUCCCAACAACCAAAAAAAUAGAACAUCUACUGUAAAUAGUAAUCCAUAGAGAAAACUGACUGUGCCAUCAUUAGAUUAAAUUGAUGAGUUUCAAUUGGAUGUGUAUGAAGAUUCGAUUGAAAUAAGUCAUAUAGAAAAGUUAAAAAUGAAUCAGAACCAUUUUUACAAUCAAAAGAAUUUAUUGAAUUCAAUUCUCUGAAGAGUUAC